CCUCUGUUCGCGUUAACCCAAAGCAGUCGUCAAGGGGGGUUUGCAGGAAUAUCAGAACCCCAACCGGCCUCCCUGUGUUUUGCUUGCAGUGGCGUUUCCGCGAGGGUUUCCGAGAACAGAGGGGGAAGAUAUCACCGCACGAGGCUGCUGAUAUGGAGACCGAGUUCCAGGAUGGCAAGGAGGAGGUCAUCCAAGGAUGGUACAUGGAUGACAGUGAAGAGGACCAGAGGCUCCCUCAUCAUCGUGAGCCCAAAGAGUUCAUUCCUCUUGACAAGCUUUCAGAGUUAGGAGUAAUAAGCUGGCGCCUAAAUGCUGAUGACUGGGAGAAAGAUGAGAACCUCAAGAAAAUCCGCGAGGCCAGGGGAUACUCUUAUGUGGACAUAUGCGACGUGUGUCCAGAGAAGUUACCAAACUACGAGGCCAAGCUGAAGAAUUUCUUUGAAGAACACUUGCAUACUGACGAAGAGAUACGUUAUUGUCUUGAGGGCAGUGGAUACUUCGAUGUGAGGGACCAAAACGAACAGUGGAUUCGUAUAGCAGUGAAGAAAGGGGGCAUGAUUGUUUUGCCUGCGGGAAUGUAUCACCGCUUUACGCUGGACAGUGACAACUACAUCAAGGCAAUGCGGCUCUUCGUGGGUGAGCCUGUCUGGACGCCGUACAACCGCCCCCAUGACCAUCUCCCAGCUAGAAAGGAGUACGUGGACAAAAUUAUCAACAGAGGUGGGAAUCAAACUGUCGAAGCUCGUAUUUAUCAGCGCCCGCCGCCCACUCUCCCGCGCGUAAAGGCCGGAGCCGAGGCGCUUGUGAGAGUUCUGACUCUUCCUUUGGUUCUUGUGAUCCUCGCGCAGGAUUCUUCCGUUUUUCCGAGAACGGGCGACUCAGAUCCCACCUUCACCUUGGGGUUGUUUGGUGGGCGAUUGAUCCGCACACGACGGGCGGAUGAUGGAGCACGCAGUGCUGCCGGUGCCGGGGAGGGUGAAGGAGGAGUGGUCGCCGGAGGAGGAAGAGGAGCGCCGCGGCCGAUGGAGGGGCUGCACGAGACGGGCCCGCCGCCGUUCCUGACCAAGACGUUCGACCUGGUGGCGGACCCGGCCACCGACGGCGUCGUCUCGUGGGGCCGCGCCGGGAACAGCUUCGUCGUCUGGGACCCCCACGUCUUCGCCGCCGUGCUGCUCCCGCGAUCCUUCAAGCACAACAACUUCUCCAGCUUCGUCCGCCAGCUCAACACCUACGGUUUCAGAAAGAUUGAUCCAGACAGAUGGGAAUUUGCGAAUGAGGGUUUCAUUAGGGGCCAGAGACAGCUUCUAAAGAUGAUAAAGAGAAGGAAACCACUGCCUUAUCUCCCUUCAUCACAACAACAGGUCCUUGGAUCCUGUCUCGAGGUCGGUCAGUUCGGAAUGGACGAGGAAAUUGAAAUACUAAAGCGUGACAAGAACGCCUUACUUGCGGAGGUGGUAAAACUAAGGCAUGAUCAGCAGAGCACGAGAGCUGACAUGCGAGCCAUGGAAGAGAGGCUACACCUUGCUGAGCAGAAGCAGCUCCAGAUGAUGGGUUUCUUAGCAAGAGCAAUGCAGAACCCUGAUUUAUUUCUUCAGUUGAUCGAGCAACAAGAUAAAUGGAAGGACGAUGCUUCCUUGAAGAGGAGACGGUCCAUCGACAUGGCCCCGUUCCUCAGCCCCAGGGAGGCCACUCAGAACGAGCAACACAAGUCGACAAUCCUGUCGGAGCCAAGGGAAUUCGCGGUGCCAAAUCAGCCUGGAUUCUCUGAGCUGGAGAAUUUAGCAUUGAGCAUUCAGGGGAUUGGGAAGGGCACGAAGGAUGACAAAGGUUGCCAGAAUCAGGUGAGCGGUGAGGUCGAGCUGACUGACGAUUUCUGGGAGGAGCUGCUAAGUGAAGGAAUGAAGGAUGAAUCUGGGAUGCCAGAGCCGGAGACGAGGAGACCUAGAUAUGUUGAUGCAUAAACGCAGAAUCUGAAUCAUCAUCUAAGUUUAACAGUAAAGCCAAACACUCUUACACGAUAAUUCAUGACCAUUGAAUCUGUAUACCAAUUGUUUGAUUUUUAUUUUGAGGGGACUAUAAAACCAUUUUAGUAAUAGGCUGAUAGCUCUAUUGUACACUAUAGUAUAUUGUAGUGCUAGUUUAUACCGAUAGACUAAUUGUAUUGCUGGUUGGACGGAACAGAUUGUAUGGUAUAUCGCGUAGUGUAAACUUCAUUGUUAAUGGUAGUACUACAAUUUUCUGGAA